AUGGAGUCGUUAUGCUAUGCUUUUGAGGGGAGAGGACUGCUGUUUUCAGAUGAUAUAGAAACACUGGGAGAUAUGAAACCGCUUUCUGAUUUCGAUAAGAAUAUGUUAGUUCCUAUUAGAGAAGGAGAUGGGGGAACAGAAUUUACAGAAUUUGGUUUGCCUGAUAUGACGAGAAAUUUGCUUCUGGAUGGCCCGGCCUGGAGUUCAACUGCAGAGAUGCAUGAUAAUCCAACAUCUACUAAUGCUUUUAACUUGUUUCCGGGGGAAAUGGAAUUGGGAUCGAGAUUUUCGAGUUCUUCCAUUAGAGCCAAAGACAAGACAGUGCCACAGAUUAAUUUGAAGGCGGAGAAUUUGGCUGCUAGGAGAGAAAUCAAUAGAACUCCAGUUUCACAGGAAAAGUCCGUCAUGUCUUCCCCACAGUCCCAGUUACCUGCAAAAAGAUCUGUGUGUAAGAAUUUGCAUUCACGGUUGCCUGUCUGCCAAGUGUAUGGUUGCAACAAGGAUCUAAGUUUCUCGAAGGACUAUCACAAAAGGCAUAAAGUAUGUGACGUUCACUCAAAGACAGCUGUUGUUAUUGUUAACAGCAUCGAGCAAAGGUUCUGUCAGCAAUGUAGCAGGUUUCACAAGCUGGAAGAAUUUGAUGAUGGUAAACGAAGUUGCCGUGAGAGCCUCGCAGGGCACAAUAAGCGUCGACGAAAGCUUCAACUGGAUACUCAUCUCGGUUCCUCGUUGUUGGGAGCAGAUUUAUCAAGAUCGUCCUUUCCUUUAUCGGAAAAUCUUCCCGGUGGCUUCUUUCCUCAACGAAUUGAUGAGCCGAACAACAACUGCAGCAAGCGUAUCAAAUAUGAAGGGGAGGCGAAUCAAAUAUCUGAAUUAGCCAUGCCCAUGGAAUUCUGGCAAUCGUGUGCUAAUUCGUUUCGAUAUCCUUCCAAAAACUGUCUCGAUUCACCAGAUAUUCACGAAUUAUCUCAGUUCUCAAAUUCUGGUAGUGCUUUCUCUCUUCUGUCACACAACUUUUUGAGCAAUUCUGCAGGCAUUCCAAAGGCUUUUCCCGUUAUCUUGGAAGAAAAAAAUCCUGCUAACUGCAAAAUGGAUAAAAAGCUCGAUGAACUUUUUCAAGAAUCAAAUGCUAUGACUGCUAAGAAUUAUUGUUCUCCCGAAGCUGCAGAAACAAUCGAUUUGCUCGAGUUGUCAUUUCAUCUGGAAAGGGUAGAGCAGCAGAGGCAUUCUGCACAAGUGAAGCAGGAAAAUGAUAUGUUCUGCUGCUCCACAAUUACUUAA